CCAUAGUGCAGUCCGUUAAGGCACAACCUGCACUGACUGAGGCAUCACAGGAAAAAGGUAUACACUUCCCUCCCUCCAACACAACCAUCCAACUUUCACUCACAUCACAUCUACCCAUUCUUGUCCAUCAUCUCACACAUUGAACACAGCCAACACCAUUGUCUGCCUAUCCCCAACAUCAUCAACAUGAGCCUCAAAUCCAUCUUCAUAAUCCUUCUCACUGCCCUCAUUGGCCUCGCCAACGCAGAUGCCCCUGCCGUCCUCAACGGUCUGAGAACCGUGGAAGGAGACCUCAGCUCUCUGGAGCAAGCCAUCGAGGCCACCGACGACCGCCUCAGAACCUUGCUGGCCGUCAUCCACUACGAAGGAGUCCUGGAAACUGACAUCCAAGUGACCACCUUCCACGUCAGGGACUCACCUCUCUUCAACGACCUAGACAGCAAGGCCGUCACCGAGACAGCCAUGAAGAUGAAGCCCGCCAUCGAGGGCUAUCUCAAGACUGCCGUUGCCAAGAAGCCCGUCUUCGAGCACCUCAGCUAUCACGAGAUCAUCGUCGCCAGUAUCCGCUUCUUCCAGGCGAACACCAAUCGACUUGGAAAAGCCCUGCAGGAUAAGGUUGACGUGGCUAAUGCCAAAGCUAUCCAGGAGUGCAGUGAUAAGUUGAAUGAGUCCUUUGUCCAGGCCAUAGCUGCGCUUGACCCGGUGGAGUGGAUUGCUCAUGCCUAGUCAAGAUGAGAAGUACAUUUUCCCUUCCCAGUCAGGCCAUGGCAGACUGGGCUAGGUUGACAUCGAAGUGUUGUGUGUAUUUAUUAUGAUAGCAAGC